GAUGAAAGUUUUUAUGAUAGUUAUUACUAAUCCGAUAAUAUAGACUUGGCAUAGCUGUAUCGGCAGAUCCAAUCAUAAUCCAGAUAAAUAACCCUAAUAAUCCUAGUGAAAGUCAUGUCACCAGUGGAUCGUUAAAAUAAGCAUAAUUGUAUGCGUCAGCCCGGAAAAGUGCCCGAGAGUGAUUAGAGGAUUUCUAUUUCGGCAUCGUCGAAACCCUCAAUUCCGUUUACACGUAAGGGUUCUGUGGCUUGUGCAUGGCGAUUUCAAUCUCCGGUGUGAAUAAGAAUAAAACUGUGCACGGAAUGGUUCCGGGUUUAUACUUCAAGUUAUUGAGGUUACAUCGAAUUCGGACGGUCGGAGACAUAAAAUAUUGUAAUUCAUCCGUUUGAUCCCUGGACAUGACCUCACGAUCGUGGAGAUGGAAGGGUUAUAUGCAUGAGGGGGGACAUUGACCGAGUGGGCUUAAGAGACAUCCGUCCAAUGCGUCCCAAGCUACCGUGGAAAUCCGACCAUCCGUCUACCCGCCGAACUCACUAUGGUCGAGGAAGUGGGUAGUUGAGUCUUCGUCGUCAAUGCGCCCCAAAUCAUAGCCACGAGAGGCCGACGCGAGCUCCGACAUGGGAUUCUGAACUCAUAUAACUCCUUACCGCGUCUACGACAUUCCUAGCAACAUGGCGCCUCUAGGUCACGAGAGUUCGCUCAACCUUGUUUUUAUAGGCUGCGCACUGGUGAUCGCCGGUGUUGUGGGUAACUUGUUUUACAAUGUCUUUCUACACCCACUACGAUCUUUUCCCGGCCCGUUCUUAUGGAAACUCACACCUCUCUUCAAAUAUCUACGCUUGUACCGGGGUGACUUGCCCAAGUAUAUGAAAGAAUUACACGCUAAAUAUGGUCCGAUUGUGCGAGUAUCUCCGUACGAACUAGCAUUCAGCGACCCCCAAGCUUGGAAAGAUAUCUACGGUCAUCGUCACAACGGUGCGCCGGAGUUACCUAAGUACGAUGGCUUUUACCGCGCUGUCGACAACAUUCCUCGAGGUAUCAUCAAUGCUUUCCGAGACGAACAUGGCUUCUUGCGACGCCAAAUGUCGCAUGGAUUCUCGGAGCGGUCAAUGCAGCUUCAAGAACCCAUUAUCGGAUCAUACGUUGAUCUGUUGAUUCACCGACUGCAAGAGCAAUGUGGCGAUGGCUCGACCUCCUUGAAUAUGCGUGAGUGGCUAAAUUGGACCACCUUCGACGUUAUUGGAGACCUUGGUUUUGGUUCUUCAUUUGGUUGCCUUGACAAGAGUGAUUACCAUCCAUGGGUUAAACUCGUCGCCAACUCAGUGAUGCAGGCUGCUUUUAUGUCCGCUCUGUCUGAUAUGGGAUUCAAGCCUGCAGUACGGAUGCUCCUGCGACUCAAGAAGCUCGCGAUUACAGAUAACCAGGCAUUAGUUCGGGCUAAGCUGAGGCAGAGGAUAGAGUCUGGUGUCGAGAGGCCGGAUUUCAUCGAGGGUCUCAUAAAGCAAAAGGACGAGGGAAAACUCGAAUUUAUGCAAAUAGCUACCAACGCAACUACUCUCAUCAUAGCUGGGAGUGAAACAACAGCGACUCUUUUGAGUGGUGCCGUCUACCUACUUACGACUAACCCGGAUAAGCUCGAAAGGCUCACUCAGGAAGUGCGUUCUUCGUUCAAUAAUGACGACGAAAUCACUUUAACUUCUGUCGGAAAACUGUCGUAUAUGCUGGCCUGUCUUAACGAGUCCCUCCGACGGUACCCCCCUGUGCCAACUGGAAUGCCGCGUCAGUCGCCUAAGGGUGGUGCUACUAUCAUGGGGAAACAUGUUCCAGAGGGCACCGUUGUGGCCGUCUGGCAAUAUGCUGUUAACCAUGAUCCAAACCAUUGGACUGACCCCUAUACCUUUGCUCCAGAGCGGUUUAUGGGUGACCCGAAGUACAAGGAUGACAAGCUUGAUGCGAUGCAACCAUUCAGCGUAGGCCCGCGUAACUGCAUUGGUCGCAAUUUGGCUUACGCCGAAAUGCGCCUCAUCCUGGCUAGGAUAAUCUACAACUUCGAUAUGACCAUUGCUGACGACAGCCGGAAUUGGAUAAAUCAGCGUGUUUACACCUUAUGGGAUAAGCCGGCGUUGAAUAUUCACCUGAAGCCUGUUUCUAAGUGAGAUUUAAUAAUCGGAUCUUCUACAGAAUAUCAUGGGCUUUUCCCCAGGACGAUUACUCGCUUACGAGUAAAUUUGUGGAGUCUUGACAACCGGCCAAGAGGCAGCUUCAACCAGACGAGCCCCGGAGGGAAGACACUACUAAAUUGUCUAGGACUAGAAAAGCUUGAUCUCGAGGAAGUCUCGUAGGUGUUAUUGAGGAGUAUCAAAUUUGUAUCAUCUUCCCUUGUAGGAGUAUUUUUCCUAGGUAUCUUAAAUUUUGUAGAUACUAAGGAGGGAAAUCGCUAUUCAAAUCUGGCAGUAACUUCACGAUAGCUAAAUAUGUGUGCAUUUCUAGUAUAUUUUGACAAACUCAUGAAUACAUUACUUUAUACCCCUAAAA